AUGAAGCCCCUUUCAAUCUUAUACCUGUGUUUUGCUGCAAUCUUCUCAUUUUGUAAUGCCGGAGAGCUAGUCAAAGAUGACCUGGGAAGCGAUAUAUGGAAAGCUAUCGAAUCGGCAGCUACUUGCGCUGGAUGUGAUGCUAUACUCUUGUUGCUCAAAGGUGUCGCUGCGUUAGGAGAUAGAGUUUUUGUUGAUACUUUGUCUGGAAUAUGCAAUUUGGCUGGAGUCGAGGAUUCAGAUGUUUGUGCAGGAGCAAUUGGUCUAGAGGGGCCAAUAAUCGCACAAGACCUGAGAAAAUUGUCAAUAGGAUCGCAUACUUCCAAGUUGUUUUGUAUAACGUUCUUUGGGCUAUGUGGCUUUCCAGCUGUUACCCCAUAUACGGUCCCAUUUCCAAGUGCCAAGCCCGCCACUCAGCGUCCAGCUGUGAGCGGUAAGACACCUCUGAAGUUUGUACAUUUUAGCGACAUUCACGUGGAUCAUGAGUACGAGGUUGGUGCGAAUACUAAUUGCACGAAGCCCAUCUGCUGUAGGCCUUAUACCUCCGCAGAUGCACCUGGCAACAACUCAUAUCCAGCUGGUGAAUAUGGCAACUAUAAGUGCGAUGCUCCUGUCAGCUUGGAAGAGAGUAUGUACGCAGCUAUAAAGGAAAUUGCUCCAGAUGCCACGGCGACAAUCUUCACAGGCGAUAUCGUUGAAGGCGCCGUCUGGCUUGUCAAUUCGACUGGAAAUAUUGCGGAUAUCAAUGACGCUUAUAGUCGAAUGUCGGGUCUAAACAACUUAUUUGCAACGACUGGAAACCAUGAAUCAGCACCGGUCAACUCUUUCCCGUCAAAAGCAGAUGGCGUCACGACAUCACAAUGGGUCUACAAUACUCUUUCUACAGACUGGAUACCCUUCAUUGGCUCUACUGCUGCCUCUUCAGCGGCUAGCUUUGGCGCCUACUCGACACUCCUGUCUGGAAGCAAUUUGCGAAUAAUAUCUAUCAACACCAACCUCUACUACAGAUCUAACUAUUGGCUUUACGAGGCUACCAUGGAAAAAGACCCUUCCGGACAAUUAGCAUGGUUAGUCACUGAACUUCAAGCAGCUGAGACUGCUAGCCAAAGAGUUUACAUUAUUGGGCAUAUGCCUAUGGGAAGCAAUGAUGCAUUGCAUGACGGUUCAAACUACUUCAAUCAGAUUACUCAACGAUAUUCCGCCACUAUUGCCGCUCUAUUCUUCGGUCAUACUCACCGCGACCAAUUCCAAAUCACAUACAGUAACUACAGCGCUCAAACUGCAGCCAACGCCCUCGAAGUAUCCUACAUCAUCCCAUCCAUGACUCCCACCUCCGGCUAUCCCGCCUUCCGCGUCUACUCCGUCGAUCCCGUGACAUACGGCAUCCUCGACUUCACAACCUACAUUGCCGACCUUUCACUCACCUCCUCCACGCAAUCAGAACCGAUAUGGAAACCCUACUACUCCGCUAAAGCCGCCUACGGCCCCCUCGUAACCCCACCACUUACCUCCGCCACCGCGGAACUAACUCCUGCCUUCUGGCACAAUCUCACCACCGUAUUCGCAAGUAGCCCCACUGUAUUCAACCAAUACAUCGCUCGCAAAACAAGAGGAUACAACGUUGAGACGUGUACGGGUGAUUGUCAAACUGAAGAAAUCUGUCAGAUAAGAGCUGCAGAAAGUCAGUAUAAUUGUGCUACCAUCAAGCCGGGAAUCAGUUUCAGGAAGAGGAGUGAAAAUGAUGGAACAUUGGAGAGGAGGAUUGGGGAUGUGGUGGAGGCUUAUGGGGGAGAUUGUGAGGGCAGUAUGAUUAGACCGAUUUUGGCCAAGUUGGCGGCACAGGAGGGGUUGCUAGAGACUGCGCUGGAGAGGGCGAAGAUGAAGGCUAGGAAGUGA